AUGGCCCGCAACUCGUCGCCCCCAGACUCGCCAUUGUCAUCAAUGGGCUCAUCCGAACCCUACGAGGAGGACGGCCACGAGGAGGAGGAGACCGCCCUCCGCCCAUCGAAGCGCCAAAAGGUCGAGGUCGGAUCGACAGCCUCCUCCGCGGUCGUCCCCGAGGCCGAGCCCGAGGUCGUCCCUGAGCCGGACCCCCUCGAGGGCAUGUCGGACGUGUCGUCGGACACGUCCGGCGACAUCCCCAGCUCCCCCGUCAACGCGCGCCUCGAGGAGGAGGACUUCCAGGACCAGGUCACCAUCUGCGACUGGGACGGCUGCCCGGCCGGCGACCAGGGCAACAUGGACAAGCUGGUCGAGCACAUCCACAACUCGCACAUCGAGAGCAGGCAGAAGAAGUACACGUGCGAGUGGUCGAGCUGCUCGCGCAAGGGCCUGCCCCAUGCGAGCGGGUAUGCUCUGAAGGCUCACAUGCGGAGCCACACGCGCGAGAAGCCCUUCUACUGCUACCUCCCAGAAUGCGAUAGGUCUUUCACGAGAUCCGAUGCCCUAGCAAAGCAUAUGCGCACAGUUCACGAGACGGAAGCGUUGCGACCCUCGGAUCCCAUCCCAAAGUCGAUGCACGGCCCGGGCGGCAAGACGAACAAGCUCAAGAUCAUCAUCAAGACGCCCCAGUCGCAUGGCCCCGGGGGUGACGACGGCGACGACGCCAACGGCGAGAAUGCCGACCUCUACACCGCGCUCUCCAAGGAUCUCUUCAGCGAGGAGGAGCUCUCCUUCUCGGCCGACAAGCUGUAUCGCAAGUGCUACUGGGAGGGCAAGUGGGCAGAGGAGAUUGGCGAGCAGCUGAUGAAGGAGUGCAAGGAGUGGGAGGAGGUGUAUCACAAGGAGUGGCUCGAGAAGGAGGCGCUCGUCUCGCAGGUGGUCAAGAGCGAGGUCGACUGGCACGACCGGCGGCAGGCGAUAAUCUCGGGCGCGGCAGAUGUGCAGGUCCCGGGCGCCAUUGACCAGCUCAUGGACGAUGCCAGCAAGAAGGAUUCCGACAAGGCGGACACCGACAGAAUGGACACGGACGAGAAAGAGGCCAGCUCGAACGGCGUCCCGGCCAGGGAGGUAUCCCCAGUUUAG